AUGGCAUUUUAUGCGGUGCGCGGAAGUGAAUUGACUGGACGCAUUAUUUCGACGUUCCCAACUCCAACCUGUAAUUUGCAGCGUCGCCCACAGAGCCACUUCAAACAUUCGCCCCGGCCCACUUGCAACCACCGAAUCCGGGAAAGCGCGCACGUCUCGGCGCUAAGCUCAAGCGAGAAAGCGUCUUCCUGUGAUCGUCUAGCAGCUCGCAGAGACAGUCCUCGACCUUCUCACAUCUCGACCAACGAUCCUCCUCCACCUCCCCACCACACAACCCUCGACGACAUCGUCAAUAUUCGACGAGUGAACCAUCUACGGAGGUGCACUCUGGACAGUACUACAGGCCGGUCCACGAUACAUUCAUCUGCCCGCACGAUUCCUCCUCUGCCCCUCUCAAUUCCCUCUCGCAAUCACGUCUCCGGUCGGUCUCAACCAGAACAGGCCCAGUCUCCCUUGGAAGCCGCUGCCCAGGAUCUUCGCGUCGGCAACAAGUACCGUAUUGGCCGCAAGAUUGGUAGCGGUAGUUUUGGUGAUAUUUACCUUGGAACCAACAUUAUCUCCGGCGAGGAGAUCGCCAUCAAGCUCGAGAGCGUCAAGGCCAAGCACCCUCAACUCGAGUAUGAGGCUCGUGUCUACAAGUCCCUCGCUGGAGGCGUAGGAAUUCCGUUUGUCCGCUGGUUCGGAACCGAGUGCGACUACAAUGCCAUGGUUCUUGAUCUCCUUGGCCCUAGUUUGGAGGAUCUGUUCAACUUCUGCAACCGCAAGUUCUCAUUGAAGACCGUUUUACUUCUUGCAGAUCAACUCAUCUCCCGUAUCGAGUACAUCCACGCCAAGUCCUUCAUCCAUCGUGAUAUCAAGCCAGACAACUUCUUGAUGGGCAUUGGUAAGCGUGGUAACCAGGUCAAUGUCAUUGAUUUCGGUUUGGCCAAGAAGUACCGCGACCCCAAGACUCAUUUCCACAUCCCAUACCGUGAGAACAAGAACUUGACCGGAACUGCUCGGUACGCUUCGAUCAAUACUCAUCUUGGUGUUGAGCAAUCUCGUCGCGACGACAUGGAGUCUCUCGGUUAUGUCAUGCUUUACUUCUGCCGUGGCUCCCUCCCAUGGCAAGGAUUAAAGGCAGCCACCAAGAAGCAAAAGUACGACCGCAUCAUGGAGAAGAAGAUGACUACUCCCACCGAUGUUCUUUGCCGCGGCUUCCCCAAUGAGUUUGCCAUCUAUCUGAACUACACUCGCUCCCUCCGCUUCGACGACAAGCCCGAUUACUCCUACCUGCGAAAGAUCUUCCGUGAUCUCUUCGUCCGCGAAGGCUUCCAAUACGACUAUGUCUUCGACUGGACCGUUUAUAAAUACCAGAAGAACGCCCAAGCCAUUGCACAGGCUGCUGGUCAACAGCCAGGCGCCCAAGAGGAUGAAGAGAAACCACGCACACGCACAAACGCUGCUACUGCUGGUGGAGCGGCCCCUCAGCAUGUAUCCAGCGCUUCGAAGCCACAAGCAGGACCAGGAAUCUCCGGAUCUCGCCGCAAGGUCAUUGAGCGUGGUGCCAGCGGAGCAGGGGUUGAGACUCCAGAUACCAAUCGUGCUGUUGGUGGAAGUGAUAGGAUGCUUCGAUCUGCCUCGAAAGGUGCUACACCUGGUGGAAAUUCCUACGUCCCUGGCUUUUCUCGAACAACGAAGCGUGACGAACAGAGUGGACAGGGUCCGUGGUACAAUUGA